AAGCAUCGCACGUUGACGGUCUACACAUAAACUCUAGGCUAGUCUCUCAACACGCGGCGCUCAACGGUUCAUACUCCCAUUUUUCAACUUCCGCCAUGAGCGUUGAGCAAGGACUAACACACGGGGACCGACCCGAACCCCCUUAUCCUCUACAUCACUCCGUCGUCAACCGCAUUGACUCUCAGUAUGCGACUUUCUACAACAAGCAUAUAUAUAAUAAUCAACAAGUCCAUUUGCAACCGAUAGAAGCAUCACGGGCAAGCGGAACUCUAAUCCCUGGGGCCGGCCCUCUAGCCCCCGUUGCCCAAGUAGAAGACUAUUUCAUCUCGCGUGAGGAGACGACUGGCCCGAGGGUAAGAGUUCGCGCCUUCACGCCUCAUGGUGAAAGGCCUGAAGGUGGUUGGCCUGUCUGUGUAUAUUUCCACGGAGGGGGCUGGGUCCUAGGGACCAUAGAUACCGAAAAUGUAAUUGCGACAAACCUUUGCGCUCGCAGUAAAUGUGUUGUCGUCGCUGUGGACUAUAGAUUGGCCCCCGAGGAUCCUUUUCCCGCUGCGGUUGACGAUAGCUGGGAGAGUGUCCUCUGGGUCUUAGGCGAAGGAAAGAAGGUCUUGCACCUGGAUACGACCAAGCUGGCCACCGGCGGCUCUUCAGCGGGCGGGAAUCUAGCUGCGAUCAUGUGCCAACGCGCCGCAGCACUCGGAAGCCCAAAUUUCUCUUUACAAUUGCUUUCGGUCCCGGUGACGGAUAACACGGCCGACACAACGAACAGUGUAUCGUGGAAGGAGAACCAACACACCCCAGCGCUUCCAGCACCUAAGAUGAUGUGGUAUCGAAAUCACUACCUUCCUAACCAGUCGGAUUGGUCCCAUCCCGAGGCGAGUCCAUUGUUAUGGGAGGGCGAUUGGUCGAAACUACCGCGCGCCGUUAUCGUCGUUGGCGAGCUGGAUGUUCUGAGAGACGAGGGCCAACAGUUUGGGGAGAAAUUGCGCAACGCAGGCGUCGCUGCUGACGUGCAUUUGAUGAAGGGUCAGCCUCAUCCCUUUAUCGCGAUGGACGGCGUUCUAGAUGCCGGAAGAGAUGCGAUCACGUAUUUCUGCGACGCACUCAGGGAAGCAAUGUACCCUACGUUGGAUCCGGUGUCUAAGUAGGCAUAGGUAAUUCGGCGUCCUUUUCAGGUUAUAUUGUCGAAACGUAUACAUGAAGACGAGAAAAAAGUAAUCAAAACAAAUGCAUGGUUCUCCUUGGAAAACCUUCUCUCUUAGUAGACUGCUUACCCCUAGUGAGUAGUACUAGAGUCAUGGAGCCAUGAAUAAGUUGCUCAAUAUAGUUCAUACAAAGCCAUACCUAUAUAUGUGCUUUAUGAUACUAUUUCUCAUAGCUGAGGUUGAUACCAGAUGUGAUUCGCGUUAGAACUGAGAAGGUACCUAGCUCGAUACCGAGGCCGUGAUGAGAAUUGCUUAAGUUAUUUCAUCUAGAUUGCCUUAGAUGCUAGGCGAAGCUGGAUGGUGGAACUGAGACGCAUUACUAUCUAAGCAGGUACCUAAUGAUUUCGCCUGUUCAGAAGCGCAUUCUUAGAACCCGUUCUUAGGGUUCGAUCAACUAGGCCCGUGUCGUAGAAGACAGCCCUGUCCAAAGUUAAUAAGUUGCCGUGCACUCGAUUUCGACAUCGACAUUGAGCGGUAAUGUCUUCACCGCGACACAGCUACGAGACAUUAGCAAUUGCCAGAAAAUAGUUGAAUACCUAGUUUGAGAUUCUAUCCGACGGUU